AUGGCCAAAGGUCGAGGUGGUGGAGGCGGAGGAAGCGGGUCCAUCGACGACGGUUGGGAUGCACCAGGAGAAGUCAAGGCCUCGCUGGCAUUCCAAAUCAUCUGGUGUAUCGUCACUCUUUUCCUGUUUGUGGCCAUUCUCCUACGUCUCCGCUUCGUGCCAUCUGGUCGCUACACGCGUGCUCCCUACAUUCUCCUCUCUAUCAUAGCAGGCACAUUAUCCAUCGCAUACCUAUUCUCAGCAAUCCUGACCAGGAUCCCCGGGAGCUCAACCAACGUCUCGUUCUCCGCCCUGCACGGCUUGGACGCGACCAGCAGCAUCCUAUGGGACAUAGACUAUGCUUUUGGACCGGCGGUCUGCCUGUGGCUUGUUCACCUUCGUGGCAGAUUGACAAGCAAAAACCAAGGCAAAGCAGCAAAGCCGUGGAUAUCCCAUUUCUGGAAGCGCAUCAUCGACUGGUCGCUCGUAGCCAUCACUUUCACCAUUGCUGUUUCCAUGACGGCGAUCCUCACCAAUGCGUGGAUAAUGUAUCGAGAGCGCCGACUACAAACCAUGCAGCUUAUCGACUAUCUGCUCCUCGGUCGCAAACUCAAUUUCGCCGCGGCUGCAUUCAAUAUGUUUUUGGCGGUCAAUGUCGUCGUUUCCUUCAUUUCUCUCAAGGUCUCGCAGAAGAAAGCAAACUUUGUGGAUCCUAUCACCACACGACUCCUCGUAGCCGUCAUGCCCUUUGUGAUCAUUGGCUUUGUCAAAUCCAUGGUGAUCACAGUCUACCCAGAGAGGCACCCGCUCACCGAGUCUACUGUCUACGGCUUUAAUCUCGCAUUCCUCAUUAUCGACGGUCUGUGCAAGGUGGGAGUCAUUGGCGGUCUCUUGUCGACUAUGACUAUCUCGAAUGCACUCUGGGUUUCGGGAGGUGCGGUUGGUGAGGGCGCUGGAUAUGUCCCACAGCAGUCUCAGCAUUCCAUCCCUCAGCCACCAACGGCUCAAUGGCAAGGCUCGCCUUCGACGCCUUCUGAUCCAGAAAAGUCAGGAAAGUACUCGUAG